AUGUCAAUGAGAAUGGGUAUUUGUGUCUCUUCCCUUUUGAAAGUUUCUUGUUACAGUCAUAAGAAGAAGAGCGUCCCUUACAAUCUGAAGGAAGGGCAAUCUCGUAUUUUCCACGAAGUCCCUUCUGGGUUGAACAUGGAAGUGAUUGUCCAGAAGAGUAGAAAUGUUGUUGAAGAUGAAAAGCAUUACAAUCCACCUUUGGUAUUUGUUCAUGGAAGUUAUCAUGCUGCUUGGUGUUGGGCUCAAAACUGGUUGCCAUUCUUUUCUCAAUCUGGCUAUCAUUGCUAUGCUCUCUCCUUGCUUGGACAGGGUGAAAGUGAUGAACCAAAUGAUACCGUUGCUGGUACACUUCAGACACAUGCAAGAGAUGUUGCAGAUUUUAUUCAUCGAAACAUUCAAUCACCGCCAGUCUUGAUCGGACAUUCCUUUGGAGGACUUAUUGUUCAAUAUUAUAUUUCCAGUUUAGGAAAUGACAAACUCAAAGAAAAUUUAUACCAAGAGCUUCGAGGAGCUGUCCUUGUUUGUUCUGUUCCUCCUUCUGGUAACGGUGGACUAGUCUGGCGAUAUCUCCUUUCGAAGCCAGUUGCUGCUUUCAAGGUUACAUACAGCUUGGCAGCAAAAGGUUUUCAAAGCUCUAUUUCUCUUUGCAAGGAGACAUUUUUCUCGGACACAAUGGAGGAUCAUGUUGUUAAAAGAUAUCAAGAACUAAUGAAAGAAAGUUCACGGAUGCCAUUGUUUGAUUUAAGAAAACUGAAUGCUUCACUUCCAGUUCCUUCAGUUCCAAACUCCUCUCUUAAAGUUCUUGUUUUGGGUGCAAACAAUGACUUCAUCGUGGAUGCAGAAGGACUCAAAGAAACAGCAGAAUUUUAUGGUGUGUCACCGGUAUGUGUUGAAGCAGUUGCUCAUGACAUGAUGUUGGACACUUCAUGGGAGAAAGGUGCAGAAGUUAUUCUUUCAUGGCUUAAGAGCUUACACAAUUAA